AUGGCUACAAUAAUAGAAUUGCCGGACGAAGCAGUUACUAUCAUUUUAGAAAAGGAAAACGUUAGCUUCGAAGAUAUCGUGAAUUUUAAAUCCACGUGUAAGAGAUUCGAGCAGAUGACAUUAUCCAACAAGUUUUGGGAAAAGAAAUAUUAUCAGAGAUGCUCUACUGCGAAAAAGAAAUAUAAUAGAGAAAAACGGGAGAAAAUAUUUCAUCACACUGAUUUCGAAGAAAUACUAAAAGAAGGAUUAUAUUGUGUCCAAAAGUUACAACAAUAUACGUUUUUGAUAUCGGAAUAUAAGUUAUAUGAUACUGACAAGAAACAACAAUUGGAGCAUAUUUUCUGUUCAAUUGCUGAGAAUUCCGUUAAGUAUUAUUUUGUGUGGGAUGAGAUAAAUAUGAUUUUUGCACAACAAUCAUGCAAUUUCUUUUCCGACUUUACACUUAAAUAUAGUUUUGAACUAAUUUUUUACUAUCUAAAGCAGUAUCGAAUUGUGCAUAAGCAAAGAAAAUUUAUGAAUAUGCCAACAACAAAGUCGAUUUUUGAAAAACAGCUUACGAUCGUGGCACAAUAUUUUCAGCCACACGUGCCCUAUUCGACCGUAAAAAUAUGGUUGGAUGGAAUAGCGCAGACAGUACUAUUUCGCCUGAAAAAAAAAUAUCCACGUCAUGCAAUUUGCUUCAUUACUUCAGAGCAAUUUUCCUUUUGGAAAAACAACAACAUUGAUGAUAAUUUCUGGAAUGAAAUUGAAUCAAGGCAAAUUAUGUGUAUACUCGAUGAAUACAUAUUUUUGGAAUUAGAGCUUCAGGAAUUAUAUAAAUUAUUAAUGAUAUCAGAUUUUGAAAUCAAACAUAUGCAAUUUAUUGCAGAAAGUCUUCAAAUAUAUCUAUUGACUUUUACGUAUCAUAUCGUAGCUAGAAGACUUGGCAUACAUACUGUUUUGAGAUCAAAUGGAAUGGAUAUAUUAGUCAUAUGGAAAUCUAAAUAUUAAUACAAAAAAUUUUGAAAAUAUUUUAUCAAAUAUUAGCAUUUAAUUAGAAUAUAUAUUGCGACUGGAAUUUAAAGAUCUUCCUCAGUUUUCAAACUUUAUACCUCUCAAAUAAUAAGAACAUCAAAAU